GACAGGGCGGGGGGGAGAGGCGGCUGCGGGGUGCCCCCUGAGGGGGGUCCCCUUGGGCCGUGCAGGGGGAUCGGGCCCCCCCGGCAGAGCUCCGGCUUGGGCAGGGGGAGCCGGGCCCCCUGUCAGGGGAGGCCGCUGAGGGACAGAACAAGUGAUCGCAGCUUCCCUGCGACCUCUGGGUCAGCGUUGGGCCAGCUCCCCCUUUAACUGAUCUCCUGCCGGGGGAGGGUCCCCCCGCCCGAUCCCCUGGGACGGCGAGAGGCUGGGUGCCUUAGGGAGGGGUAAGGGCCAGCUUCCUCUUGGGGUUGGCUGGGGGAGGUCAGCUCUCUUUGACUCCUGUUGGCUUGGGUGUACUGGGGGAGUUCAUUUUUUGCCCCUUUUUUUGGGGGGGGGGAGGGAGUGUUUUCUGUGUGGUGAUAGUGCGGGGGAUGGGAAAGAAAUUAGGUGGAUUAGUUCUUCCUGAUUGACACCUGUGGGGAGGCUUGGGGGGUUGUAAAUGGGAAGAAAAGCCUCAGUAGCAUUAGCAUUUCCUGAGUGACCUCUCACUAAGGGUGUGUUUCGGGGUCUUGUAAGGGGGAAAGAGCCCGCUCCUCCUAUCACACUUUAAGGGGGGGUGGAUGGGCUGGGUGAAGUUUUAGUAGGAUUUGUGUUGUCUGCCUACCUGACACCUGGACCAGUGGUGGUGACACAUCAUGUGUCAGGCACAAUCCAAGUGGGUGAAGGAUGCCCCUAGGAGAUUUUGAUAGGCGCACAAGGCCUCAAACUUUCAUGGGGGGGAAGGAGAAGAAAUUUGAAUAAGUGUUUAAAACGCCUUCCAAGAAACUUCAUUCCAGCUACCCAACAGCUGAGAAGAUCAUCCAAGCUUAUGCCUGGGAGGUGAGGGUGGCAGGGGCGAGUAAAUGACCCUGCAAUUCGCAGUUUGGAAUUGGGAACCAUGAUCUGCUAGUAAUGGAAAGUCAUGAAAGAGACUUGACCAUCCUUUUGUUUAUUUGUGGUUCUAAAGUCCUAGAGGAUGACCUAGCACUUAAGAACCAAUUUGCAACCCAGUAGAAGGUCAGGCGAGAGCAAGCUGACCUGAAAGAACACAAGUGGUGGGAUCAGGUCAAAAAUAAGACAAAUCCCAAACUGAGAGAGUACCUGGUGAGACUUUUUUGUUUUUAUUAACGAGACAUUGAGUUGUUGGAACCAGGCACUGGAAUUUGUAGGCCCCUCCUUGACUGGAAGCAGCUCAUAGUGUUUUUUUUAAAUUAACGUUCGUACAAUCUUCUGGAUAACUUUUAUUUCAAGAAGGAGUAAAAGGGAGCGUUGGAAACUAAAAAACAGGAUUAAAACCUUGAGCACUUAAGGAAAACAGGUUAAGGAACUUAAUCCAGGAUGGAUGUGCAGGAGCCGCAGGAGUUGAGUAUGUUUGCAGAGAGUGAACUGAUGUCUGUGGGGAUGGACACGUUCAUCCAUCGCAUUGACUCCACGGAAGUCAUCUACCAGCCACGGCGCAAAAGAGCCAAGCUCAUUGGCAAAUACCUGAUGGGGGACUUACUUGGAGAAGGGUCUUAUGGCAAAGUCAAGGAGAUGUUGGACUCUGAAACCCUCUGUAGGAGAGCUGUCAAAAUCCUGAAGAAGAAGAAACUCCGCAGGAUCCCCAAUGGGGAGGCAAAUGUUAAAAAGGAAAUUCAGCUCCUGCGACGAUUACGACACAAAAAUGUCAUCCAGCUGGUAGACGUGUUAUAUAAUGAAGAGAAGCAGAAAAUGUAUAUGGUGAUGGAAUAUUGUGUGUGUGGGAUGCAGGAGAUGCUUGACAGUGUCCCAGAAAAAAGGUUUCCAGUCUUUCAGGCUCACGGGUACUUUUGCCAGCUCAUAGAUGGCUUAGAGUACUUGCACAGCCAAGGGAUUGUCCACAAGGAUAUAAAACCGGGGAACCUCCUGCUAACAACCAAUGGGACACUAAAAAUAUCUGAUUUAGGAGUGGCAGAGGCAUUGCAUCCAUUUGCAGAGGACGAUACGUGCAGAACGAGCCAAGGGUCACCAGCAUUCCAGCCGCCAGAAAUUGCCAAUGGCCUUGAUACCUUUUCAGGCUUUAAAGUGGACAUCUGGUCAGCAGGGGUUACGUUAUACAACAUUACAACGGGUCUUUAUCCCUUUGAGGGGGAUAAUAUCUAUAAGCUAUUUGAAAACAUCGGGAAAGGGGACUACACGAUUCCAGAGGAUUGUGGUCCUCCGCUCUCAGACCUACUUAGAGGGAUGCUUGAAUAUGACCCAGCCAAGAGAUUUUCAAUACAGCAGAUAAGGCAGCACAACUGGUUUCGUAAGAAACACACUCAGGCAGAGGCUCUGGUCCCCAUACCUCCUAGCCCAGAGACAAAGGACAGAUGGAGGAGUAUGACGGUGGUGCCUUAUCUGGAAGAUCUCCAUGGCUACAAUGAGGAAGAGGAUGAUGACUUGUAUGACAUUGAAGAUGAUAUCAUCUACACUCAGGACUUCACAGUACCAGGACAGGUGCCUGAUGAGGAGGCCGCGCCAAACGGGCAGAACCGUGGCAAAGGGCUGCCCAAGCCAGUGUGCAUGAACGGGACAGAGUCGGGACAGCUGAGCACCAAAUCGAAAGCAGAGCGGCGGGCGAGCGCCUCGUCCAACCCCUCGCGCAAAGCCUGCUCUGCCAGCAGCAAGAUCCGCAAGCUGUCCACCUGCAAGCAGCAGUGAGCCCGACGCGUGCACGGUCUUCGCAGAGCCUGUCUUGGAGCCUGGGCCAGCCUACGCCCCGUCAUCCUCGCCCCAGCUCCGUCUCUCCCGGGAGCGGACUAUGCUUUCAAUCCAAAAAGAGAAACCCUGGAGGAAAACAAAACCGCCUGCCCCUCCCUCUCCCAAUCCCUCUCUCAGCGGCGCCAGGCCCCCAAAGCUGGCAGAAGCCCUCGACCUCCCCCCAUCUCUCUCCCCAGCUACACCCAUGCUGGCCACUCCUCUGCAUCGACUCUUGCCAAUCAAGACACCACCUCUGUUUUUUAAUUUGGGAUCUGGAGGGUGAGGUGCGUGGGGGAGGGCCAGGGUGGAGGUCUCCUCCCCACUGGGCGUGUGGGCGACCCCCCCCUGCCCACCCUCGCUGAGUAGAAUUGUGUAAAGCCAUGGCUGUGCACUUUAUGUUUUAGACUACUGUUCUAGAUAUACAUAUAUAUAUAUAUUUUUUCCUCUUUUUUUGUUUAUAUUUGCGGUAUAUUUAGAGAUUCCUACACAUCGUGAUGUGUUUAAAAUAAACCCAAUGAGGAAAAGAACCAGGUAGUGAGACCAUCCGAGAACUGCAUGCUGCCCGAGGGCUUGGGAGGGGGACUGGACUGCGCUCUGUGGUGUCUUUUUUUCUUUUAGUAUUUUAUUUUUUUAAGAAAAUAAACCAAUCUUGUGAGGUG